AUCCGUCGGCCCCGCGCGGACGCAUCGCGCUCAUGCACAGCAGUGAUGUGACUUGGACCAUAUAAUCCACUACAAAACAAUUCUUGGAUUGGGUCAAAGUGGAGUCUGGAUUUUCCAUUGUCCAAAAUGUCGAGUAAUGACUCGAUGAGUAGCUCUCGACUGAGUCAGUUCGGGCUGUACCGCACGAUCGAUGCGCGUACGGAGGAGUUCCUGAAGCUGUCGCGGCGCAGACAGAUCCGCCAGGGCUGCGCCUGUGCUGCCAUAUCCAGCGCCGUCACCGUCACCGUCGUCGUGUGCGUCGUGUUCCUGUACGGGUAUGGCGUGGGCGUGCUGUCGCCACCGCGCGCCUCAUGGCUCGACCUCAGGAACGACUCCGACCCCACGCUCUUCGAGGACAAGCUGCAGAGCACCGUGCAUCUCGACCGCGCCGCCAUCAAACUCCUCCCCAUCUUCUUCGACAAACUCUUACAACAUGACAGCUCUAGUCCUAAAUACGAAACAAAAUCUUCCACAGAGUACACUUUUGAAAAGGACGUAUUUGCAGGAACGAACAUUUUGGCUAAAAUUCCUAACUCUAGAUUGUUUGCGAUUCAGUAUAAAACAUAUCCCAUCGUUUAUAUCCACAGUCCUAGAAAUACUGACAAUUAUUCAAAAUUAAGAAAAACGAGAGAGUAUGAAAGAAUAAUGAGUUAUGUCGACAAAAUGAUCAACGAAAAAGUAAAUUUUGCAUCUAGUCGUUUUGUGCGAAAUAAGCCCAAUAUUGAAUCUCAAAAUCUGAUAGAAAAUAUAAUAACAACACCUUUACCACAUAAAUCUCUUGUUACAAAAAAGCCUAAAACUAUAUCGAAACAUUAUACUUAUAAACAUCAUCUUCCAAAUGUAAAUAAUACUCAAACAAGAACAAGCUAUAAAAAUAAGAAUUGUAAAUGUACAUUAGAAUUUGGGAUUCUUAUAGAUAAACUAAUAAAAUGCUUUCAAAAACUAUCUCAAGAAUUCAUGGAACGACCUUGUAAUAACAUAACAGAACGAAAAAUAGAAAAAAAUUGUAUUCACAAUACUAACAAAUCAGUCACGACACCAAAAUCUAAAACUCAAAAUGUAAGACUGAAACCAAUUACUAUAGUACCCAAGAGGCACAAAGAAAUGAUCACGUCAACUGAAACUCCCAAAGGAAUAUUUAAAGUUCCAGACAACUUAUUACAAAAUAUAUACUCAAACAACCAAUCUACAUCAAAAGCUAAACAGUUAUUAUCAUGGCUACCAUCUUUAUACUCUGUAGUUGAUAAAAAAAUAAGUGCCAAUAAAGAAACAUCAAAAGAUAAGAAUUUUCAUGCAAAUCAGUUAUUAUUAAAGACCAAUACACAUGUUAUACCAAAACAUCGAAACUUAACAUUUAAUAAAGUUAAUUAUGAAAAUGAAAAGUAUACAACCUUUGCAACCACUACGACUAGUUCUAAACCUACAAGUACAAAAUAUACCUCUUCUGCUGCAGGAAAAUUCGAAGAUAUUUUCCAAGAAAUAUUACUACCCGAAGGUAACGUGUUUGAAUUGACAACUUAUACACCUAAAUCAAUUAAAAAAGGUUAUGUUCACUUUUCAAGUCCACAUAAUUACUAUGAGAUUACAACAGAAAAAUAUGGUUUCCGUAAACCAGUCGCUAACGUAAGAUUCAAAAAUAUUUCAGAUCAAAUAGUAAGACCACCAUCUACCCCGAAACAUCCCCAAAUAUAUCCAGAAGAAAUUGUAUUUGAGAUGUUUCGUAAAAAACAUGACAGGAUGUUAAAAGAAAAGAAAUCAAAAGAACAGAAACCUGCUUCAAUAAAUAAGAAACGUUUGAAGGAUAGUAGCAAAAAUUUUAUUGGUAAACUUAAAGAUCUUUCAAAACAAAUGCAUCCCCAGGGAAAAAAUCUUUACAAACAUUUACCUCCACAAAUAAAAAAUAACAAGCAUCUACCUAAAUCUAAUGAUGACAAACAAAUAAGUUUAAAAAAACAGAGUGUGUAUGAGAGGAUCACUGAAGCAGAUUCGCAUAAUGUACAAAUUCCUGAAAUUCCUAUAACAACAACAGCAACAACAACUAGUGUAACUGCAUCGUUACCCUCGAGCAUCGUAACGCUACCAACAUCCAACCUAUCAUUUCAAAAUUUCACAGUUGAUGAACCUAAACUUCUAGAUCUUAAUAAGAACAUCAUCGCUAAACUUAAAAUACUGUUAAGUAAAAAUCUUUACAAAAAUUCAUCUUAUAAUCCUUUACCUACAUCCAAUAAUAUGCCAUUGAAUUUAAAACAGAAUAUAUUUUCGAGUAAAGAAAUUUUUCGAGAGGGGCAUGUUACGGAAAUUACUACAACAACUACAUCUACUGCUACUACGCCCAAAUCUAAGAAUUUUCUCACAACUCUACCAACAUCCGGUGGAGACAUUCAGAAAUUUGUGAAUAAUGAAACAAAACCGGAAAUAACACUGCAAGCACUUAAUGGUCAAAUAUUAGAAGUCACCAGUUUUCCCACUCAACUUCGAACAUAUUCUCAGGACCAGCCAACUUCAGAUAUAACAUCUCCCUAUCCUACUGAAGAACAAGAUGUAACAAUAUCAAAAUCAAAACCUGUAAUUACAGUACCAAAAUUAGAAAGGAGGUACAAUUUGAUUUCUGAAGAGCCUUGGAAUGAAUUUGAAACUACAGAUAAAACAACUGCUUAUGAAAAUUUUGAACAGGAUAAGAAAGAAAUUACCUCUACUACAACUACUAAUAUAACCAAGGUCAGUACAACAGAUGGAACAAAAAUGGAAAGUAAAAAUAUUUUUUUUGAAGAUGCCUUAAAUAUACUAUUACCACAGAGUUUUACAAGACACGACGCCGACGGGGCAUUCGAAGGGAAACAGUCUGCUGAAAAUGCAGUGACUUCCAGAUCUUUAAUUCCGGUUGGUAGGAAAAGUUAUUUAGAGAUUUCUAGAGGUGACUGGAAGCUAAGUGAACCCCAUUUUAAUACCGACAACGUAUACGAUGCUUUCGAUGAAAUAGAUAAUUUUAAUAAAUAGUAAUUAUAUUGUUUAUUAUGUUAAUUUUAUAAUCAUAUUGUUAAUUACAUUGUGAACAUUUUAAAUGCAAAAAUAGCCAAUAUGCACCAAAAAAUCAUUACACUUGUGGGCCAUACAAAGCCAAUUAAAACAAAUUCCCGACAUUUAUAAAUAGAAAGUAAAACCGCACCGGCCAAUGUACGAAGAAGUACGUUUGUAUUUUUUCCUUCGAUUGAACUAUGGCUUAUUUUUUCAACUAUGUUAUAGGUCUUCAAAUUUCAUGCUUCGGUUAAUUUAGAAAUACCCUGUUGUUGAAAUUAAUACAAUUUUAUGGUAAAUGAAAAAUUAUUACUUUUUGUUCUUGUUAGAACUGUCAAUACAAUUGUUUAGGUCAACUCCUUUAUAAAAUCGCAGUAUAAGGUAAUGAUAGUUCAAAGGAUUGUAAAAAAAUGUAUAUUCUAAAUAAAAUACUAACUAUGUAGCUGAAUCAUUAAACUAAGAUGUAAAGUUGGUUGGAACGUCCAUUAACAAAAAAUAUUAAAAUAUGAAAACAAACUCAACCAUAAUAAACAAGUUUUUUACAAAAAUGUCAUUUUUGUUCUCAAACAAGCUUUUAUUCUCGUCAGAGAGAUCUUAUGGUACUUUAAGCCUGACAAAAAACCCAUGUCCGUGCUGUAAACGGUUGAGUAGUUCCCUCGUUUGGAACCGAUCCGUGUUGCACAAUCAGGUCAUGCCAUGGAUUUAAUAAGUACUUUGUACCUACUAAUUCCAUAGGUCAUGCUUAUCAUAAUAAUGCAAUGUCAUGGAAACUGAUGCGACGUGGGAAAUAUCAACUCUGUAGGACAACUAGAAGUAGAAGAAAUCUAACUUGCAAGAUUUGAUUGCAGAAAACGGGACAAGUAAAACUAAAUAAAUGCGUCGUAACGUAAUAUUUAAGAUUUACCUUUUUUACGAACAUAUUACCAGGUAGUGACGUCACUUCUAUCUAUCUUCCAUGUUUAGCGUAUGGACGAACCCAAAAAUAUGUGUUUCUGUUAUUGUCAUAUCUUUAAAAGCAUUAUCACUAGUUGUUCGCCACGAACUUAGAUCUCGCGAACACAAUCAAUGUUGAUGAG